AUGUCUGUUAGCUCGUUGAAAGGCCUGAUGUCGAGCUAUUCCCCUCUCGCCGAUCGCAGUCCCUCUUCGGAGGAGAAGGACAUGAGCCUUCCUCUUCGCUCUGAUGUCGAGGCUGGAAACAAUAACAGUCGAGAUGCGAAAUCGUGUCGCUUCAUCGACGGUCGCACAGUCUCAGAUGCUAUUAUCGGUCUGUCCGACGGUAUGACUGUGCCAUUUGCCCUCACAGCUGGUCUGUCCGCACUGGGUGAUACCAAAGUGGUGGUAUUCGGUGGACUGGCAGAGCUCAUCGCAGGAGCUAUCUCAAUGGGGUUAGGUGGAUACCUGGGUGCCAAGAGCGAAGAGGAAUCAUACAAAGCUACAUUGAAAGAAACAACGACACAAACCAUGACUGAUGCCGCCUCUGUGUCCGACAUUAUUAGCGAUAUUUUUGAGCCCUACGAGCUACCUUCUGAAUUGGUCGCUCAACUCAAAAAUCACCUCUCUGCUUCCCCCAUGCUCCCAUCCUUCCUCAUGAACUUCCACCACACCAUGCCUGAGCCUUCUGGCUCUCGAGCUGUCAUCUGCGCCUUGACAAUCGCACUUGGAUACUUCAUCGGUGGAUUCGUCCCUCUCCUCCCAUACUUCUUCGUUGGCCCCCAGGAUGCGUUCGUCGCCCUGCGCUGGUCUAUUGCUACUAUGGUCAUUGCACUAUUCAUCUUUGGAUAUGGCAAGACAUGCUUCGUUACUGGCUGGAGUGGUCGUCGGAAUGUCCGAAAGGGGUUGAUUGGAGGAAUACAAAUGGUCUUGGUGGGCGGCAUCGCAGCUGGCUCGGCAAUGGGAUUGGUGAAAGGUUUCCAGAUGCUCGCUGAUGGCUCCGGUGAAAAGCAUGACUAA